UGCUAAUUUCUUGUUGGCGACGUCAAUGCGGGUGUUCAUUGUGCAUAUACAUUCUGGUAUACAGACAAAGCAAUUGCGAAAAUUGCAGAAAAAAAACGAUAUUUUAGUGAAAAUUUGUUUAAAAAUGCAUAAAUAUAAAUAUUAGCUUGUGGUUUUGCUAACAGUGCAAGUUUUGUGUGGGGCAGUGCGAAGUGCUGGACUUAACGACAUUGGUUUUGUGGUUUGCCUGCUCCAGUAAAGCGUGUGUGGCUUUGUGUGUGCGUGCUAGCUUGCAAAUUGCGUGGGCGUUAACAAUUAAUUUAAUUGCAAUAAUAUAGUAUAACUGCGUUUUUAGUUUGCACGCUUGACACUUUUUCACUCUGUACAAGUGCGUAAAAAGCUAUCAAAAUAAGCCAACGAAAGCGAUUCUACACCUGUAACUCGUUAAUGCUGAAGGCUUUGCUCGGCUCAGAGUCUACAGAUUCCACUGAAGACGCAGGCGGUGGCAGCGGUGGCAACGCCAGCGGUAGCGGUAGCGGCAGCAGUGGCGGAGGUGGUGGUGGUGUUGCAGGUGGCGGCGGCGGAGUCGGUGGUGGUGGGGGUAGCAUCAGUCUAGCAUCGAGUUCUAUUUCAAGCAGCUUGAGCGCUGCAUGUGGCAGUGUCAUUGGCACGGCUGGCAAUUGCAAUCAAACGACUUGUGGUGGCAGUGUAGGUGGCGCUAAUAGCGGCUUUGUCUGCAGUCUCUCCUCCAGUGGUUACUGCAACGUCUGCCUGGCAGGUCUGGAAAAGUGUCAUAGCAACACGGGCAGUCGUAAGAGUCGCAAAAGUUUUUCAUCGCGCAGCAAAAUGUCGCAUUCCAAUUCGAGUUCAAUGCGGGGCAGUAGCGGCAGCAGCUGUCGCAGUAGUGGCGCAGUCUGCAUGUACGAUGUAGGCAGCUGCAAGUCAAUAUCACCGGGCAGUUAUAGCUUGAACGCAUUGAAUGUGGACUUUAGUUCCUACACGGCCACACAUCAGUGGUCGAAAAUGCUCGAAUGCGCCGAGUUUGUGGGUGCCAAGCGCAGCAAACACACCGUUGUGGCGUAUAAGGAUGCAAUGUUUGUGUUCGGCGGUGACAAUGGCAAAACGAUGCUCAACGACUUAAUACGUUUUGGUGUGAAAGACAAAUCGUGGGGACGUGCUUGUGCUACCGGCGUGGCGCCGGCGCCGCGCUAUCACCACUCCGCCGUGGUCUACGGCAGUUCAAUGUUCAUCUUUGGCGGCUACACCGGCGAUAUACAUUCGAACUCGAAUUUAACGAAUAAAAAUGAUUUGUUCGAGUAUAAAUUUCAGACGGCCAUGUGGGUGGAGUGGAAAUUCACAGGACGUGUGCCAGUGCCACGCUCUGCGCAUGGCGCUGCUGUCUACGAUAAUAAGAUGUGGAUAUAUGCUGGUUAUGACGGUAAUGCGCGUCUGAAUGACAUGUGGACGCUCAAUUUAUUGGGCGAAAACCAUCAAUGGGAGGAGGUGGAGCAAAAGGGUGAACGUCCGCCAACAUGCUGUAAUUUUCCCGUCGCUGUUGCGCGCGACUGCAUGUAUGUCUUCUCCGGCCAAAGUGGUCUGCAGAUCACCAACUCGCUCUUCGAAUUCCACUUUAAAACCAAAACCUGGCGUCGUAUCUCCAACGAAUCAGUGCUACGUGGCGCCGCUUCAGCACCACCUUCACGCCGUUACGGGCACACUAUGGUGCAUCACGAUCGCUUUUUAUACGUUUUCGGCGGCUCGGCGGACUCCACCUUGCCCAACGAUCUGCACUGUUACGACUUGGACUCGCAAGUGUGGUCGGUAAUAACGCCCGAGCCGAACUCGGAUGUGCCUUCGGGUCGUGUUUUCCAUGCGAGCGCUGUUAUCGGUGAUGCUAUGUACAUUUUCGGCGGCACUGUUGAUAAUAGCGUGCGUCGCGGCGAUACCUAUCGCUUUCAAUUCUCCAGCUAUCCGAAAUGUACACUGCGCGACGAUUACGGCAAAUUCUUUCACGAUAAACAAUUCUGCGAUAUACAAUUUAUAGUUGGUGCUGAGGAGAUAAAAAUUUUAGCGCAUAUCGCUUUUGUGGCGGCGCGUUCGAAACAUUUGCGCACGAAAAUCUUAGCAGCGCGUGAAGCGCGUCAACAGCAGAUGGAAAAGGUGUUCGGACCAGCCAUGGAUAUACGUAGCGCUUUGGUGGGUAGCGGCGGCGCAGAUCGCGCGCCCAUGCUGGAGGUGCGUUUGGCGCAAGCAUCACCGGAAGCAUUCGAAAUCAUCCUGAACUACAUAUAUACGGAUAGAAUCGACCUGAAGGAGUCGUAUAGCAAAAAUAUAAUAAUUUUGAUAACCGAUAUAUACCAGUUGGCGGGUAGAUUUCUAAUGCCGCGCUUGGCGCAAGGUUGCAUACAGUACUUGGAUUUCAAGAUCAACAAGCAGAAUGUGCUGGAGGCGCUGUACAAUGCGGACAAGAACAAAAUACAAAUCAUCAAGGAUCACUGCAUGCAAUUCAUAAUAAAGGAUGAAAACUACGCAGACGUCGUGCUGUCAAGCGAAUUCGGCGAUCUAGACAAAGCGCUAAUCGUGGAAAUUGUGCGCAGGCGCCUCAACCCGGGUAAAAUUGUUAUGGAAAAUAAUUUCGAAAAGAGCGAAGGCACCACACUGGAGAGCGACAUGGCGGUCUUUCUGGAGUCCACCGGCAAAGAGUUUUGCGAUAUAAAUCUCAUACUCGAUGGCCAAGCUAUACCCGCGCACAAAUCCAUACUCUCCGCACGCUGCACCUACUUCCAAGGCAUGUUUCGUUCAUUUAUGCCACCCGAUAACACAGUGAAUAUACAAAUCGGUGAAAUUUCACCCUCACAAGAAGCUUUCCAGUCGCUACUGCGCUACAUUUACUAUGGCGAAACGAAAAUGCCACCACAGGAUGCUUUGUAUCUGUUUCAAGCGCCCUGCUUUUACGGCUUGUCCAACAAUCGUUUAGCCGCCUUCUGUAAAUAUUCGCUCGAGCAUAAUAUAACGUAUGAGAAUGUUCUGCAGACGCUGGAAGCCUCGGACAUAACGAAAAUUUACGAUAUCAAAGAUUACGCCUUGCGUUUAAUAGUGAAGGAUUUUACGAAAGUGGCGCGUUUGCCGAAGAUCGGCGCUCUGUCACGUGAGCUGCUCUUGGAGAUAAUACGCGCGGUGGCCGAUUCGCAAGGCGAGUUUCUGACACGCAUCAGUCUCAAUACUGAUAUCUGAAAUUUGGUACUGCUAUGGCCGGCAUUGCAGCUGCUUUUGGCUUGGCUGCAAAUAGUCGGUGGGCGUGGUGGUAUGGCGGAGGGGCUGGACGGCGCAAAUGGUAGUGCUAGUGCUGUGUGUGAUGACUGUGAGUGCGCGUGUGAAUGUGAGUGCGAAUGCGAAUGCGGGCAGGAGUGAUGCGCGUUGUUGACCAACAACAAAAAUGUACUAACAACAACGACAAGUAGGAAACUAGCACACAUUAGCCAGUAAAGCCGUACAUGUCUAUUUUUUUAUAUAAAUUUUAUGCAACGUUUUGCACUUAUUGCACAUAAGCGCCGCUAUUUGGUGUAAAUGCAGGCGAUAGGUAUGCAAAAAAGCAAACGAAAAUCUAAGAAACGAAAUCGGUGGCCAAAUUGCUUCUAAAAAUAGUAUUCAUCAUUAUUUACGCCCCCUCCCGCCCACUGUAUGCAUAUACGUUUAUGCACUUAUAGUUAAAAAAUAAAUGUUUAAAAACAUUUGCAUUUUUGAGAUAUCUAAGUAUGUUUAUCUUAAAAUAAUGUUCCAUAAUGUGAUAUAAAAAAUUUUAAAGUUAAACCGUGAAAUUUUUUGAAAACCCUAGUUUUAAAUCUAAACAGUUGUAGCAAUAUUAUUAAAAUAUUUUUUCUCCUCUUUUUAAUUAAUUAUAUGUUUUAUAUUAAAGAAAUGUAUAUUUCUUAAUUUUUUUAUUUGUUUUUUAAUUUUUUAUAUAACUUUUUAUAUAAUUUUUGUAUGUAUGUAUUUUGUAUGUAUUUUAAUUUUUUUUUAUUUAUUUAAUUUGUUUUUUAUUUAUUUACUUUUUUUUAUUUACUUUUUUUUUAUUUAUAUUUCCUUUUUUCGGUUUUUUUGAAUUUUUUCUUACAUUUUUACAUGUAUUUUGUAUGUAUAUUUAAUUUUUAUUAUUAUUUUUUGUAAAUUUUGUAUACAGACAUAUGUAUGUACAUACAUAUGUACAUACAUACUUAAAUAUGUAGGUAUAUUGUUACAUUUUUUAAAUUUAUAUUUUUAAUACUUUUUAUAUGCUAGCUUUAUUUUUUAAAUUUUGGUUUAUUUUUUUUUAUAAAUUUUUUAUAUUUAUAUUUAUUUAUUUUUUAAGUUAUUUAAUAUUACUUUUUAUUUAUUUUUUAUCAAUGCUUAUGCAAAAUUAUUUUUCUCUACUGUUGUUUCUCAUUUUUGGAAGUUCAAAAUUGGCAAAAUUCUCCAAUAUUUAUUAAUGAAUAUACGAAUUUUAUUAUAUAUUUAUAUAAAAUAAUUAACGAAAUAUAUAUGUAUGUACUUAUAAGUGUAUGUUUAUUUAUAAAACAAUAUGCAAAAUGUCUGCUGAAAAGCAACAAUCUUGUUAAGUAACAGUUAUUGUAUGGCAAAUCAAGCAAAAUUGUUGCUGCGUAUUUAUGUAGCACUAGCAAAAUAAUAAAAUUCAAUAAAAAUAUAUUAAAAAAUUA